AUGUGUGACGAAAAACAGGAGCAACGUAUCAAUCUCAAAUUUCUCGUUAAAUUGAAAAAAACUCCGACCGAGUGCUAUAAAUUGUUGCCAGAGGCCUAUGGAGGAAAUUCUCUAUCUCGUGCACGUGUUUUUGAGUGGUAUAAGCGCUUCAGUGAGGGCCGAGAGAGCACUGAAGAUGACCAGCGCCCGGGUCGCCCUGUCACUGUUUCAACUCCGGAAACAGUGACCAAAAUCAACCAAAUUGUGGGUGCAGAUCGUCGAAUGAGCAUCCGGAUGAUUGCCGAGGCUGUAACCGCCGAUAAAGAAACGGUUAGAAAAAUUUUACAUGAGGAAUUACAUAUGACAAAAGCCUGUGCGAAGUCGGUGCCAAAAAACCUGACUCCUGACCAAAAGUUCUUGCGUCAACAGGUCUGCUGGGAUUUCCUUGAAAAGUUAAAAGAAGAUCCCGGACUGAUGAAAAACAUUAUAACUUGCGACGAAACAUGGAUUUUUCAAUACGGUGUUGAAACAAAGCGACAAUCGAUGCAUUGGAAGACACCUGAAUCGACCAGAAUCAAAAAAGCAAGGAUAUCCAAAUCAAAAUUUAAGGCAAUGUUGAUCGUUUUUUUUUGAUAUUAACGGUAUCGUGAUGACUGAAUGGGUUCCAGAGGGUCAGACUGUCAACCAGAUUUACUAUUUAUCAGUUUUGGCAACACUGCGAGAAAGAGUUCGUAAGAAACGGCCCGAGUUGUGGAAGAACAACUCGUGGAUUUUGCACCAGGACAACGCACCUGCCCAUAACGCGCUAUCUGUGAAGCAGUAUUUGGCCGGUAAGCGCACUCCAGUGCUCGAACACGCGCCGUACUCGCCAGAUUUGGCACUGUGCGACUUUUUUUUGUUUCCAAAGAUAAAAUCUGCUUUGAAAGUGACCCAAUUUGAGUCGAUGGAAGCGGUAAAGCAAUAAACGGCAGAGCUCCUAAAGGCCCUCACUAAAGAAAACUUCCAGAACUUCUUUGAUCAAUGGAAAAAACGUAUGGAAAGGUGUGUGGCGAGAGGAGGGGAGCAUUUGAAUGUAGAAUAAAUUUUAUAAUAAAACACUUGUAACCAGUCUCGUUAUUUAAUAGCCACACUUCGUAUAUUCAACAUUUGACUCAAUAUCAUAAACUGGACUUUGCUCUUCACCUAUGCCAUCAGAGUCAUCAUUUUCGACGAAAGAUGAAGGUAAUAUAGAGAUGCAGGUCGAUGAACUAAAAUCACAAAUUAGGACAUUUUUCGAAUUAAUUAAUUUAAUGUUUGGCUGAACAGUGGCACGAAAGGUAGACACAAGAUUCAUCAUAAUUUGUACUGUUGUACUUAUAAGUCGGGAAAGGUUAAGGCAGAAACGGUUUAAUCGAUCGAUAAAAUAAAAAUAUCUGAUACUGAGGACGGGUGUAGCCACUGUUGACGGUGGGAAUUCGGGAAAGUAGGAUUUUUUGUUUUUAAAAAUUUAUGAAACAAACUUAUCUAAAUUUUAUAUUUACAUUAUUUUUUGUUACCUUAAUUUUUGGGGGUGAAACGAUUACCUCCCAUAUGUCAAAAGAUAUUUUAUUUUUAAUGAUACCUAUUAUUACAUUUGUUACAUUAAAAAUGUUAUUUCAUUGUUAAUAUAAUGUUAUUUGGCCAACAGUUUGACAUAUAAAUAUCAAGAGUAUAAUGAUAAUUUAUAUAAUUUACGUAAUGUAUACAAUUUAUUUCAUUUGUUAACACAUUAGCGCUGCCAUGAGGCCACUGGCAGCCACAAGAAUAUGUAUCAUUAGUACGCCAAAUAAAUUUGUCAAUUUCAUCAGAAAUUUGUAUGUAUACUAUUGAAUUUGAAGAAGAAAAUAUAAAAUUGAAAAAAAGUUAAAAAAUAUGUUUUUUCAAUUGAUUUAAUAAAUUGAUUUUAGGUACUAACCUUUUUCCGCAUGGAUUUUUCUUUAUUGGAGAAACAACUGCCGCAUUGUCCAUGUCCAUAAUAAUUAAUAAAAACACUCAAAUUGCAAAUUAGAUAAACAACAAAAAAUGUAGGCACGUGAACAACAAAAAAUCGUGUUAACUCUUAAUACAUUUAAAACGUAGUGACAAUACAAUUCACACUGUUUAAACGAAUUGGCCGAUUCCGGCGGUGGCAACGCUGCUUGUAGUGGGGAUGCAUGCGCGAGUUUCGACUGGUUUUCGUUCGCCAUCCUUUGCGCUCUUAGCCUGGAUAGUGUAUAGUACGGUUUACUCGAAAAAUAUUUUAUCCGAUUUCAUAUAAAAAAAUUUGUUUGUAUCUUAACAUACAUAAUAUAUAUAAAUACGGAUUUUUUAAAUUUUAAACAGUAGACUAAUUGUGAUCCAAAAUUGGUCGCGACCAAUAGUUUGAAGGCCACUGCACUAGACUACAUACCCAAUGGUUGAGAAGGAAUUGAUUUUAUGACUAUAUAAGUUAUAUUCAGUCAAUUUCAAAAACCUAUAUUAAAAGUGCUAUAAAUAGAUGGAGUAUUAGUUUAUUUUUGAAUUUUGUCAAUUCGUUGACGAGAUAAUCCACUUCUAAGUUUAGGUAGGGGGAGAGUAGCUAGCGGAGCAUAAUUUCUGUGACACCACAUACGGCGGAAACAUUUGAAAAUUAAAAGCAUGUAGUCGUUUCACCUCCAAAAAUUAAUGUAAAUAUAAAAUUUAGAGCAGCUUGUUUCAUAAACUUUUAAAAAAAUACAAAUUUCGAUAUAUCGAGUGGACACUUAAAUGGAUCACCCUAUAUAGUGGAAUUUAAUUAAUAUCUGUAUGCAACGAUUAAUAAUCUAUAACAAUAUACGAGCGAAGUUCGAUAAGACAUUUUUUGAAAUAUCGUAAUUUUGUACGGAUUUUGUUUCUAAUAACUUUUCGUCGCAGUUUUGCAAAUUUGUAGAUCUUUGUUUUAUCCAAAAUGUUAUCAUUUCAUUGUUACAGCUUUGAGGCCAAAUACCAACAUCGUUUUCAAAACCAAUAAAAGAUUUCGACAUAUCCGAUUCUACGAUGGGUUCAUUUUCUAUAGUAUUGGUAUUUUCGGUAUUUAAUUUAUGAAGUUCAGAAUCAUCAUUUUUUUCCUUUUCUAUAGGUAGAUUAAAUGUUACUUGUUUUGAUUAAAAUUGAUAAUUAGACACAUUUAUAAAUUAUUUUCAUUAAAAUUAAAUCUUUUAUCACUUAAAAUAUUUUUGUACAAAGAAAAACUACAUUCUAUGUCUACACUGGUUAUUGGUGCAUAUUUAAAACAAUUUAAUAAAGUAGACGUUAUAUUUAAAUUAAAAUUUGCUUUACCUGACAUGACUUCAUAGUAAAAUUAGCUUUUUAUACCCUUCAUUUUUUUCAAUUACACACAUAUGUUUUUCUUUAAUUUUUUUCCUAUUUGGACAAGGAAUAUUUGUUAAAAUAUUUUCAAUUUUUCCAAAAAUAUCCAUGCUUUUCAGUAGUUUAUUAUUAGAUUCUUGCAAAUUUUAAAGAUUCAUAGAUAACCCGGUUAAGUGUAAUUUCAUGAAUGCUAAACCACACUGGACUGCAUUAUUUUGUACAAGGUGUUUCAGCUUUUCGACACGUGUAGCAUCGUCUGUUAAACUUUCAAUCACGUUUUUAAACUCUUAUUUGCAUAGAAAAGUGUAGCAUUUAACCAUGUUCUCCAUCUUGUAAUAAUAUGUUUCGGGUGGUAAAGUUAUACACGGAUUUUUUUCUUUAUUCUGGAUGGUGCGUUUAGGAGAGCUUUUUUUCCUGAUUUAUGUUAAUUGCAAAAAAAGUUGCAAUAUCAAUUAAAUUCGGUCUUUAAUUAUAACUAACAAGCAUAUUUGUGGCGGAUUAUCGGUUAGUUAAUUGAUGUAUAUGUACCUUAUAUAAUAGUCAAGACGGUAUCUUUUCGCGUGGGUCAAUCAACUGAUUUAAUAAAAUACCUAUUAGUAUAGGAGAAACAGAAUGUCCAUUAAUAAUAAAAUUUCGUAUUUAAUCGAGAGGCCCUGAAACGGGUAACAAACAUAUUGUGAUACACGAUCUACAGACGGGUCGGAACACGGCAGUUUUAGUAGGCACCACCAGGCGGACGUACACAUCCAUAACGCGGGAAAAACAUAUAGAUACGAAAAUUAUCCCGUGGGUUGUGGCGGGUUGUGACGUGGCCGUCGAAUGGGCCGGGGUGCGGGGUGAAUGGGGAAACGGUGCCGACGACCUUCCGUCGGUGAGCCGCCGCUACGAACGCACGCUGAAUUUUCGUAACGAUCAUUUUGGGCCAUCGCGGUAA